GGAGGGAUGAAAUCUUGGCCAAUCAUAGGACGAAGAAUAUACACUGGGAAAAUUGCUGAUCACAUCUAUGGCCGGCAGAAAAGUGGGAAGUUGCCAUGGUCAUAAAUGUGCGGAACAGCAUAAAUGCACUCACCUGACAUGAAAAUAAGCAAUGAGGACAUGACCAGCCAUUUUCACAAGGUCUUGGAGUUUGCCAAGGACCUUGAACCUUAUGCCCCAGAACUCAAAGACUUGGGAGAGGAGAUAACGCAGUUUAACAAUAUUUUGGACAAGAAUUUCAGUCACACCACACAGAAUGAAGUAGAUGGCAAACUGGAAGACAUCCGCAGCAUGAAAGAGAUCCAGAAAGUCCUGGACCGUGAGCAGGAAGCCAUGAAGGAAAAGAUUGAAGACAUUCUCUUGCGCUUUGAGGGGAACCAAGAAGAAGCCACCAAAGAAGAACCACAGGGUAUGAACAAUCUCCUGGACUUUCUGGACCAAAACAAAGACCUCCUGGAGAACUUGGGCCCUCAGGUCACUAAACUUAAAGAGAUGCAGGACAAAGUAGAUCAACAUGAUCAGCAGAUCACUAACCUGACUGUCAGAGUGGAUCAACUGGAGGAGGUGACAAAAGAUCCAAUGUGCUCUGACAAGCCACCAAGAUACAAGAAUCAUCUUUUAGAAUUUUCUUGCGCAAAGAAAUGGCUAGAUCCGAAAUGUAUUGAGGACCGGGAAGCUCAAGGUUACAGGGGUCGGGUGGAAGUGAAUGGACAAAUUUUCACCGGUAAACAGGUAUGGAACAGCAGGAAGGCUGCCCAUCAGGAGGUAGCACAAAUUGCCCUCGAGCAACUGCAAUCAGAGGUUGAAAUCACAAAUGAACCAUCAAGCUCUUCAACCUCAUCAGUCAUUCAGACAGACAUGUCCAGUACAUCUUCCACGGGGAUCACUUUCUUUGGUAAAGUGAUUGUGGAUCUUAAUCAAGAAGUUGAGUCUGAUGGAUGCUAUUCAACCAAAGAAGAAGCAAAUGAAUCAGCUUAUAAGGUUUUAUGGAAACAUUUACAAGGUGUUAUGGCCCCAAUACAAGAUCAGACAUACAAUUCAGCGAUCAUGGAAUAUUUUAUGAAGCUUGGUUUCCAAAAACCAGCAGAGGACUUUGUUCCAAAUGAUGACAACACAACUGUCUGCAAGCUCAAACUCAGCAGGCCAUUUACUUUUUAUGACAGAGAUGGCUCCACCAAGAAGAAGCAAGCAGAGCAGCAGGCAGCUAAAGUUGCUCUGCAGCAUUUGUCAGGGAUCCUCAACUGUGCUCCGAUAUCAGAUACUGAGAAGAACUUCAAAAGUAUUCUGAAGGAGCGUCUAGAGGCCCACGGUUUUAAAAAUCCCAUGUAUGAAACAGAACAAAAAGAUGGAUCCAGCGAAGAGUCAGUGAACUGUGGCAUCAGCCCAGACCUUUCAAACCGUGAGUUGGACUUUGAAAUAUCUAUCACUCAGGCAACAGUGAAACCGGAUUCAGAGCUGGAGUCUCAAAGCAUCUCCACACCAAUGGAGCUCUCACCACAUCAGGUGUCAGUCAGUGAUAAUGUUCUUCUAUUACCAGAUCCUCAAGACUCAAGUUCUCCGGGCUCACACAGGAAAAGGGCCAGGAUUGAUUGCCCAGAUGAAAGGAAGUCCAGUGAGCAGGUGAAACAGCACUUUUCUCAGAACUCUCUUGCCCUUCCUCAGGAAGAUUUUGAAGGCUCUACAAAGCCAUUCUAUUGCUCACUAAAGGACAUAACUUACAAUGUUGACUAUGAGGGACAAGGGUCCUCAGAGAGUGAAGCGAAGUUACAUGCUCUCCAGAAAGCUCUAAGCUCACUGUCACCUCUAUUUGAUUAUCCUUCUCUAACUGGAGCUAAUACUGCUGAAGAGGUGGAGAAUCAGCUAAGCUCCAUGCUGAAAAGGCCUGAGCAGAAAGACCCCAUUAUUUCCCAGAAAGACCCUUUGAAAAAAGCCUGUGUCCAGCUAUCUUUCAAUAACUUCACAGUGAAGUGCACAUGCAAAGGCUCCAAGAAAGCAGCUCGUAAUCAUCUUAGUUCACGUAUUCUGGGCCUGCUGGGGGUAAAGACAGCCUGGGAAGACAAUUGGGAAAGAGCAAAGAAGAAGCUGCUUGAAGAGCUCAAGCUCAACAGAUUUCAGUUUCUAACUGACUAA